AUGAGACUACUUUUGCCUUUUUUAAUUUGCAUCACAGCAAUCCUCUACGCUUAUAGUCCUUCGACUACUACAUUUAUUCAGGACUCUAUCACUACUUUCCUGCACCAGAAGCUCCCAGCUACUUUGUCGCAGUAUCUGCCUAAGACUUCCAUCAAUACCACCACUACUCCUACAGAUCCCAACUUCGACUCCCUCUUGUCCUACCCCACCCCCAUCGUCCUCCCCAUCACCGAAAUGAGCACCGCCCGCGCAAUCCGCCAGGUCUUUCUGGCCAUCGAGCAAGCCGAAGGCGCCGGCGCCCGCGUCCGCCGCUCCAUCGGCACCGCCAAACUGCGCAACUUCAGCCCCUUCCUCAUGCUUGAUCACUUCACCAUCGGCAAGGGUGCCGGGUUCCCCGAUCACCCCCACCGCGGCCAGGAGACCAUCACAUACCUGUUGUCCGGGGGUGUCGAUCACGAAGAUUUCGCCGGAAACAAGGGAACCAUCGGACCGGGCGAUUUGCAAUUCAUGACUGCCGGUCGUGGCAUUAUGCACGCUGAAAUGCCCCACGAGAACCCCGAUGGCUCGCCCAAUGUCGGCAUGCAACUUUGGGUUGAUCUCCCCAAGGAAUUGAAGAUGUGUGAGCCUCGGUAUCGGGAUCUGCGUGCUAGCGAGAUCCCCCUCGUUAAGACGGAUGAGGACCGUGUUGAGAUUAAGGUCAUUUCUGGCCAGUCGCAUGGUGUUGAUUCUGUGAAGGAACUUGCGUAUACGCCUGUCUGGUUGUUAGAUGUUACUAUUCGUCCUGGUGGUCGUCUAUCGCAGGCCCUGCCUCAGGGCUGGAAUGCCUUUGCUUAUACUCUGGCUGGCAAGACUAUCUUUGGAUCGAACGAUUCUACACAGACUGUCAAGGAAUUCCACAAUGUUGUCUUUGAACAGGAGGGUGACCUUGUCGAGGCCUCUGUGCCAGAUAAUGCGGACUCAGAUGCCCGCUUUAUCAUUGUGGCUGGUCAGCCUCUGGAUCAGAAGGUGGUGCAGUACGGCCCAUUCGUGCUGAACAGUCAAGAGGAGGUUUACCAGGCCAUGCUCGACUACCAGACUGCGUCUAACGGCUUCGAGAAGUCGCGUAACUGGCAGAGUGAGAUUGGCAAGCGGAUGGCCUAUUAA